CGAUAAAGAUGAAGAUAUAGCUCUGCACAACAUACACAGACAGACGGGAUGGAAUUUCAGGCGUUACAAUCAAAAUACCCAGAACACACUGAAGUUGUGCUCGGGAUAUACCUCAGAUCAUAGAGUAGGCGUUAGUUAUUUGGAAAGAAUGAAAGUUUUUCGUCCCAUCUAUCAUGCAUUGAUUAUUGUGCACUUGUGCUACUUGUUAUUCGCUGUGAAAUUUUCUCAUUUCCCAAAGGCUUCAUGCAUAGGAGGCUUAGACAUAUUUCCCUCCAUCAGGAAAGUAGAUAUUUUGUCAUCCAUCCACUUCACAUCGACAGGAUUAGCCCCUCCGCCUCCUAGGUGCCUAUAUAUCGGGGAUCAGUAUUAAUCUAGCCUUUUCCAUGUAUUAAGAAUCGAAGGAUGUUUCAGACGUAGUAACAAAUCGAGAAAUCGC